AUGACUGUCCUCGCCGAAUCUGAGAACCAGGAACUGCAAAGAAAGAUUGAGCGUUUGGCCAAUGCGCUCAUCACAUCUGAUCAACCCGACGAGUGGAAGCAGCACUUCCGCACCGAUACCGACCUUCAAGGGAUCAAGUCACUGCUUGCGCAGAAGCGCGCACGUCUGAGCUACGCNCCCCUCCGCGAGUGGCAACAGAACGAAGCCACUUUCGCACUCGCCCAGGUUGAGACAUGCAUGCAAAAGAGGGAAGUGAACCAUACCAGUUCUUCAUACGUCUGCUCUGUUGUCAAGGAUUCCGUCGCCACAGUCCUGAACACCACCCUUGACGAGAUCAGGAGAGGCGAGAUCUCCACUGGCCCAUCUGGAUCUGCUCUGCAAGCUGCUGUCGUGAUGAUCAACAAGCAGGACAUUCUCGACGCCGUCUUCCAGAGAGCCAAUCUUGAUGCACUCGACUCUGAAAUCACCAUCAAGAAGCAUGUCGUUGCCGCCCUCGCAGGUUUGGUGNNCAGAGAGAUGCGGUCGANGGAUGCUCUCACAAAGAUUCACGACGCUCAAACCGACAACCAUGACCCUAGCAAAACCAAAGAGGACACAAACCGCGACCUGGUCGAAGCAUCAAACAUUCUGGCUCAAGCCAAGGAAGACAUUGCCGCCCAAUCCAUCGACACCAAGGUUGGCCAUGCUGUCGACUUCGUCGUAGGUAGAAUCGACAGCCUNCCCAGAGAUCAUACCAUCAAAGGAGCUCCCGACGUUCACGCCCCAAACUGGCCUGAGUUACGUGAAGACCUCAUCAAACAAGUCAAGGUUCGACUUGAGGCCUUCUACUUUCAGCUUGAGAAGGGUAUGCUGGUGACAAUCGACCCCAAAGUCUUCGAAGAUCAGGCCAGAAGAGAAGCGUCUGAGGUUAUCUUGGGAAAAGUGCAGGAGAAGCCAGAGAUACUGUCCAAGGAUUUGUGA